AAUGAAUGAUGUCUCGCUCUCUUUGAUGUACUACAGCUGACUGGAGGUUUAGCGCUGGACUUGCUCACUCUGUAGCGAUUAGACUCAUAAUUCGAGAGCACAUUCACAGGAUCCACACAUACAUAGCAGAGAUGAGUGGAGAAGAAGUGUCACUAAAAGAUUCGAAUGCAGAAAAGGAAUCACCUCAACCACACACUCCACCUAUUGUUGCUACAGUCCCCACCAUCUCUAAACCAUCCAGUGAUGAAGAGGGACCUAUUAUGUAUGUGUCUCAGCCAAACCAAUGGCCGAUAAAUAGUAGCAACGAGAAAGUGAAUCCUGCAUUAGCUAGUCCUCUUACCUCUCGUAGGAUUCCUAAUCGUUCUACAAUACCCGCUAUUGAUAUUAUUGGCAACAAUCACGAUACUAUUAAUGAUGACGACGAUGUUUUUGCUACCAACAAAACGACCGAACACCAAGAAGACAAAAAGCUAGUCGAUUGGGUGACUAAUGUAUUUGUUCCAGCAUGUAAGAACCUAUUGGAUCAAUGCUCAGAAAAGCCUGUCAUUAUCACAAAAGUCCAGACGUAUCUCAGACUCUUAAACAACACGAUUAUGUUCUUUUGCAAUGAACACCAGCAGUCUUCAGUGGUGUCUCCUUCAAGAAGUAUGUCAGGUUUAUUAGACUCGGGCUCUCGAUCCCGUGAUACCACUCCAGCUCCUGUCGAUACAACAAGACUCCAUAUGUCCCCGCCCUCUCAACCAGCUCUCACUAAACAGGAGAUAGAGUCCAGUGUCGCUAUAAAGGUCCUUCGUUCGGUCUCAAGUUCUCUUCUUCCUCCGUUACUCAAUCAGUCCAAGGAGGAGUUCUCAGAGUCUCUUCAUCGCGAGAUUGUUGUGGCUAUACAAAAAAUAUCGUGGAAAGUUGAGGCCUGCAUUUCUUAUACUCACCCUGACCUCGAUCUCAAUAUUCACAAGAUUAUAUUCGAUGAUGCUCAAAUUGGACUAGUUGGUGGAAUGAUGGUAGCUCCUCCUCCAGAGGAACACAAGCUUCAAAACUCACCGGCCCACGUCUCAAGGCUAAGUACUAAGAAUGUGACUACUCCUUCUCCGCUACGUUUUGUCCAAAGUUAUCCUGAACAGGUCGUGAGUUCUACACUGUCUUCUCCAACGCCUAGCGAUGAUGAGUAUUUCCGUCCUAAAGCAACACGAAGAACAACUGUGUCUAUAUCAAAGCAUCAAGUCCAAAGUCUCGGUCUCAAUAUUGUCGACGUGACGUCAUUGGAUAAGACUUCACCGCAAUCACGUAGCAAUACUAUUGGUAUCAGUACAGCUGCUAGACUAGUACAAGAUGAUGGCGUGAUGGGUCUUGAGGCAAUACGAGAGAAAGUUCUACGUAAGCUAGCCAAAGAGUUCCCGCAGCUUAAGACUGAGGCAGAGAGCAUUGGAAUGAGAGAUGAGUCUUCUUUGUCGCUGGCGCCACCUUUCCCUCACCUUUUUAACGACAGGCGGAGCACAAGUACUCCUCUAACACUUUCACCUGCUCAAUCCACUGGCAGCGUCACUAAGGACAGCAGUCCGGAGUUUGUUACGAGUCCUUCUACCCCGGGUAUCUCAAAUCUCAAGGAACGCACUAAAAGUUUAGAGUUUGAUUCUGUUGCGGAGAUAAUGUCUCCAACCACACCCACUUCCUCUACCUCUCCCUUUCACCAAAGUUCGUCCGAGACCCAGCUAAGAGGAGGUACUAGCACCCUGCCUUACAAGAGGAGAGGGACUUUGAUGAAGAUCAUGAAGAAAGGAAGGAAAGUGAAGAGUUUUGGUAAAGCAGAUACAAAGAUAAAGACACGAGCGGCCAUUCAUCAUCGCUUAAAGUCUGGCUCUGAGUUUUUUUCAGGAGAGGAUGAGUUCAAAUCGGAAUCCAUCGAAUUAUAUUCAAGAGGAGCUAUCCCCACGGAACCUCCUUGCAGAGAUUCUUUUUAUCUAAAUAUCGAAGUGCAGAGUAAAGCAACUGUAACUUCACCGAGACGAAGGAAAUUCUCCGUUUCUAGCAGUAAAGCCAGUCGACCACUUCUAUCAAUGGACAUAAACAUUAACACCAAUUUCCCUGAAUUUGAUCUUCAAGACUAUGUUAUCACCAGAUCUUUGAAAGAUGUAACUACACUCUAUGACAUAUUUGCUGUCACAACAGUUGCUGCUAGUAAUCUUCCAGGCAGACCAGAUAAGAAGGGCAAGGAAUGGAGGCAACAGUCUGAAGCUUUCUUAAUGUAUGUCGCCCAGUCACAGGAACUUAGAAAUAUUCCAGAAUUUAUGGAAUUCAUUAAACCAGGAGAUAUGACUGUUGUCUUGUCCAACUCAUUUAAGAAAGACAAUGAGUUGGAGCUGCUGAUGACUUUCUUCACUCCAACUGUGUAUUCAACAGGUGAUGCAGGCACCCAUCAUCAUGUAGAGCUAUUGAAGAAUGUAGUCUCAACUACUCCUACUACCCCAACGUCUCGUGUGCGUUGGAACUACCCCAGUCUAAGUAAUGGCAGGGGAUCAGUGAUGAUUGAAAGACAGGAAGGGGAAGAAGAAACAACAUUUGUCAUUAGAGAAGGUGAUAAAGAUGCUUUGAUUGUUAGCGAGACUCAGAAUGGGGUCCUAAUCAUAGCAGGGACUUUUGAGAAACUGGUGGAGCAGCUAGCAUGCGAAGAAAAACCAGAUCCUCAUUACGUCAAUACUUUUUUGUUGGGUUAUCGUCACUUUGCUACGGCAGUUGAUCUCAUAACACUGUUAAUCAAAAGAUUUCAAAUGACAGUAGCACCUGAUGCUUCAGAGGAGGAAGUGGCUUAUGCUGAGAAAUGGAGAUAUGUCAUUCAAUUGAGAGUACUGGAUAUAUUGACAUUUUGGAUCAAGAUUUGUUUCCCAGACUUUCUUAAUUACUCAGAUGCUAUGGAAAAGUUAAGGGAUUUCAUCGAUCAUCUUCAAAACUCUGACGACAGUAAUUUCACUUCAGCAGCUGCAACACUUUCGUCCAUGAUCACAGAUAAAACUGAAAUGUUUCAUGGAAAGAAGUCGACGCAGCAUGACAAGUUAUCUGUCUCUCCUCCUCUCUCUCAGUCUCCAGUGACAUCCCCCUAUCACUCUCAUUCUGGUUCUUCAACUUCAUCCUCUCAAGAUGUCAAUUCAUUUACUGCAAUACAAAUAGCAAGACAGCUGACACUGAUGGAGUUGGAGUAUUUAAAAGCCAUUGAUGUUUUUGAGAUAGCUGUGUAUGUAUGGGAGUCUGGAGAAGAUUCAAGACAGUUUCGUAAAAAUCUUGAUGCUUACAUUGCAAGAUUUAAUAAAGUCAGCUAUUGGGUUGCUUCCGAGAUACUGUCAGUCUCUGAUGAAAAAUCAAGAGCUUUGCUAAUUGAAAAAUUCAUUGAAGUUGCAAAGCAUUGUCAAGAAUUAAAGAAUAUUAAUACAACAGUGUCACUUGUCACUGGAUUGUCUCUAUCAUCAAUCAGAAGAUUGAACAAGACGUGGAAGCUUGUAAAUGAAAAGUUUGUUAAAUCAUUCACAAAACUAAAGCUACUUGUCAAUCCUGCUAAUAAUCAUCACGACUAUCGUAAAGCCAUUAACACAAUAUUAAGGACAAGGAGAGACUGUUGCUGCAUUCCUUACUUUGGUGUGUUUAUGCGUGACGUUACUCUCUGCAAUUAUGGAAACCCAAAGAAAUUAAAGAAUGGACUUUUUAAUUUUUCUAAAUUAAGGAUACUGGUACAAAUGUUUGAUGAACUUCAUCAAUAUCAACGUUCAAAGUAUUACCAUCCUUCGGAUGAUAGGACUCAAGCUUUUUGUAGUAAAUUAUGGUCACUUGAUGAUCACGAUCUGUAUGAGCUGUCAUUAAAAUUAGAGCCAAGAGAGCAAUCAAUGUCUGAAUCAGAGGAUUAAUGAAAUGCACACUUUUAAAUUCACAGCAAAUUGUUUUGAAACUUAACUAGUAUUUUUUAUUUUUAAUUAUUAUAAAUAUUGUGUGUGUGUGUGUGUGUGUGGAUCUCUUAAAUAAUAAAUGAAGCAUUAUAUUGAUUUUGAAGCAUUA